CCGCCCAUGACAUGCUGAACUAUGCUCGGAUGAUACCUGUCUUUUUGGCUGAGAUGUCCAGGCUGGAAGAGUCUGAUCCAGAGAUAUACGAGGAAUUUCGGCAAGGAAACUGGGUCGUUAACAAAAACCCACAUGUGCCAUUCUGUUCUCUCGGCGCAGAUAAUGCAUUUGAGCAUGUUAAUCGAUCCAUGAAGGUCUCAGGAGGGCUAAUUGGCAUCACGCUAAAUCAAAAUGCACGCUCAAAGUACUUCCUCAUCGCACCCGAGUUGGCACGACUGGCAGAGAAGGCAAAGAGAUGUCUGGUACGUCAAAGGGCAAGACGGAAAAGCACCACCACGACCUUAGCAAUGCUGUACGAGCACGCCAAGAAUCGAACAUCGAACAGCUUGCUACAAGCAUCAGGAACUUUACAAAUCCUUUCCUCAGUGACAGCAGUGACCUCUUCAACAUCGCAACAAAGGUUGUAAUGCCCGACAAGGUGAAAGAAGACCUGUGUCAACAAAGCACUGUGGGAACUCAGUUGCUUAGCCGCUUCGUAGAAGAAAGAGUUACGACAGCCACACAAAGCAUCUGGCAUCCUAUGAAGAAGAGGAAACUCGACACAUGGAAGAGCGCCACAAAGAUAAUCAGAGUGAAAGCCAAGGUUAUCGAGUUAAAGGAAGAUCGCUCCUUGUUCGCUCGCAUGUCCCUGGUAGCGAAAUCUCGCCCGGAAAUUGACAUGAAGGAGGCUGUUGGCGAAUUCGAGUUUAACGUGGUACCCAAGUCGAUGUUUGCUCAAGAUGGCUCUGUGCUCCACUGUUCCUGUAAGAGUGCCUUGAUGGCUAUCCUAGAGAAGGUAGCUAACACAGGUGCAAGCUCUAACACAGCAGAGCUUGAAAUCCAUCCGCCGAUCCAAGAAGGCACUCGGAUGAAGGUAUCUAUUGUUGACGGGAUGGCAGAAGUGCAAGCGCUAGACAAACCGUCUUGGAUUAAGAACUGUUCGCAAUUAGCGGAUCACUUCCUAGAGCGCGUCCUGUACAGGUACCAUGGAAGUGACGAGUUGCAACUGGUAUUUCACCGGUACGAUGUACCACUAUCCUUGGAGACGGCGACAAGAGUGUCAAGACAGGGCAAAGAAGCGCCUAUCUACUACAAGAUAUCAGAUGCAACACAUAUUGCGAAGAUUCCGAUGAAGAGACUCCUAUCUCAUGUGAAGACCAAAUCAGAGCUGACGGAGUAUCUAGCUGUGAAGUUACUAGAGAAAGGAAAGGGGGCCGGGAUGAACGUUGUAGUGGCAUGGGGAACUCGAUGCCAAGCCACUCACAGAGAUAUGGCACAUCUCGAGAGCAACCACGAGGAAGCAGACACCAAGUUGCUGCUACACGCUGUCGACGCUACGUCCUUCGGAGCCACCAGUAUCGAGAUAGUCUCGCCCGACACUGGCGUCUUUGUGUUGUCCCUUCGAAGAUAUUCCCUGUUAUGCGAGGACACGUCAUUUGUCACCGGCAGAGGUGGUCGCCAUCGGAAGAUCAAGCUUUGCCCUAUCGUACGCGUCCUUGGACCUGCCAAAACUGCAGCACUUCCUGGAUUCCAUGCAUGGAGUGGAGCAGAUGUCACAGGGAGCUUUGCAGGGAAAGCAAAUAUGUUAUGCUGGAAAGCUUUCAUCGACGCUGACCAAGACAGCAUUACUGCACUUGCAGAUCUUGGAACUUCUGAUGUGCCACAUGGAACUACCUAUGCUGGUAUUGAAAAGCUUGUGUGUAAGCUUUACCAGCCCAACACGCGCAUUACCAAAGUCAAAGACCUGAGAUGGCUCCUGUUUCGUAAGAAACAAGCUGAAUCAGAAAGACUGCCGCCCACCCUAGCAGCACUGAGGGAAGCCACAAAACGCGCACAUUACCAAUGUAUGGUGUGGAACUCAGACAUUCUGGCAAAUCCGGAACUGCCAUCGCCCUCAGAUUACGGAUGGAAAUUGGAAGCAGAUGAAUGGGUUCCAGUGAUGACAUCAUUAAAGCCAGCACCAGAUGCUGUGCUCCAUCUAGUAAAGUGCGGAUGUUUAACGGAGAGGUGUUCGACAAACAGAUGGCAGUGUCGCAAGGCGGGACUUCCAUGCACUGAUCUCUGUGGUUGUGCUGACGAUGAGGAAGGCGAGCCCUGUCAAAAUGUCAGUGAGGAGGUAGAGGGAAGCGAGUCCAGUGACGAAGAGGAGGAAGAGGAUGUAGGCGAUGGAGAUCACGACUGAGAGCCUUGCUUUCAUGGCAAAAUACGUUCCCCGGUGAUAAUUGUUGCAUUUUUUGAGAUAAAAACAUGAGCAGGUGUAGUGAUAAUUCGUAUUACCGAUAAGCAAUAGUAAUUGACAAUCUUAUGUUUAGAGCCUCGCUUCCACGUCAAAAUAGCCACGUGACCUUCUUAAAUCGGUUUGUGGGUUCUACCACAUCAUAUCACAUAAUAUAAGAAAUCUGAGCAAAUUUGGCUGAAAAUAGGCUCAAAUAGGCGGUAGUUAUGAGUCAAUAUAAUAUUAGAGCCUCGCUUCCAUGUAGAAGGGUCACGUGACCUCCCAACAUGUACUUAUGGUCAUAACAUGUAUAAUACUAUCCCCUAAUAAAUCUGAUAAAUCUUG